CACUCUCAAAACCCUACUUAUUAUUCAUGUAGUGAAACAUACUCACACCUGGGUGAUAAAAAGCUGCAGCAGGAGAGAGUGCAACAUGUCUGACCCUUUGCUUCUGUCUUUCCAGAGAGUAAAACAACAUUUGUCACUGCCUCCUGGAACGCCUGAAACAUGGCACACAUCCAGAGGGUGCAGAAGAAGACCAGCACCGUGUCUCUGACCAUCUCCUCUUCCUCCUCUGCAUCCUCCUCUCGAGAGCUCUCCUCCUGCUCCUCCAGCUCCUCCUCCACGGUCCUCUCUCAGAGACACUCCAGCCUGGUGCAGCCGCUGUGUGUCAGCCCUCAGAGGACUCAGAGUCCCAUCUACAAUCAACAGUAUUCAGGGAAUGGAGUGGCCCCUACUUUUGUAAAGUGCCUCCACGAUGUGUCCACAGUGAACGGUCAGUUGGUGGUCCUGGAGUGCAGACUCAGGGGAACUCCCCCCCUGCAGGUCAUGUGGUACAGAGAGGACGAACAAAUACUGGACUCCGAUGAUUUUAGGAUACUACGCAAAAAGGCCAGCUCCGCUUCAGUGCCAGAGGAGCUGUGUACACUGGUGAUCACAGAGGCCUUUCCAGAAGACUCUGGCUUGUUUAAAUGUGUGGCCCUCAACUCCUUCGGCACGGUCUCCUGCUCAGCAAUCCUGGAAGUUUACAACGACCUGGAGGAGCAGCUGGAGAUUGAGGCCAUACGUCAGCAGGAAGCAGUUUCUCUCAGGGAGCAGAAGGAGGAGGUGUUCCAACCAGAGACUUCCUCCUUCAUAAAGAGCAGCGAGGACUUUCCCGUUGAGCUACCUGACUCAAUGACCCUCCCCCCUCCUGAGUGGCCUGACAGCCCUGUAGAAGAUCAAAUCCCUGUCGCAGAUUUUCCAGAGCCUCAGCCGGCCAGCCACUUUGGUCGCAGCAAGGAGGAGAGUGCCCUGUGCCCAGAGGACCAAAGGUCACCAGAGGUCACUAUCCGAGCGUGUACGCCCAGCCCUCCCCCUCCACCCUCACCACCACCACCAACCCAAGUCAAGGAGACGGCCCAAACACCCAAGCUGUUCACUCCAAGCAAGCUCAGUUUCACUUCUUCCCAGUCAGGAGGCAACAGCAUGAACCUGUCAGACCUGCCUUCCUUCACUCCCAGCACCUUCCCUCCCAGCGCCUUUAACUAUGAGCGACCGAGGCAUUUUAUUCAAUCGCAGCCGUCCUUCCAGGCACCAAGCUAUGAAAGCGUUGUGAGGGAGGCACAGGAGAACCAAAAUAAUUCCCAGCAGAACCUCGACACGGAGACACAGGGUCAAUCUAAGAUGCUGUCUACACAAAGACAGUCUUUUUCUCAAACUCAGUCAGUGUCCAAGUCCUUGUCCCAGACCCAUUCACAGUUUCAGUCACUAAGCCUCAGUCAGAACCAAACCAAGUCUGUCACCCAGACCCAGGCCCAGGCCAACGGCACAGUUAAGUCCUCUCCUUCCUCAUCCAGUCUCAGCUCCCCUAUUUCCACCCCGGCCUUUUCUGCUGCACCUCGUCUUUCCUCCGCUGCCCCCCUGCUCAGCCCCUCUGACACCGCCACCUCCUCCUCCCCUUUCCCAGCCUCCUCAUCUUCUCUCCCCCGCACCACCAUGCGUUCCACCAUUACCCUCACCCCUAGCAUCCCCAGUGCCACUGGCCUCGGCAGCGCCACCCUGCCAGCCAACCAGGACACCAUGUCAGCACCUGCUGCCUUCCUCUGCUCUGUGCUGCCCUCCCACUCCGCCUUUUCCCCCUUCUCCCCCUCCAAGCUAUCUCCAAACUCUAACCUUCCCCACCCGUCCCCCUCCUCCCCCGCCCGCUCCCCACUCUCCCCAUCCAGCCCUCUCCUCCCCAUGCGGGCUGCCUCCUCUCCGUGCUCCCUCCCUCAUCAGCCUCUCCCAGUGUCCCCUUCCCUCCCUCGCUCCGCUCUCUCUCCCUCCUCAUGUCUCCCACAGCCCAACACUCCUAACAGUCAGAACAGAGUACCGCCUGCUGUGGUCUCCCUGCCCGCCAGCUACAAGGGGACAUCGAGCACCCUUCCCAAGCCCAUCCUGAAAAAGUCUGUAGCUCCUCGGCCGUCUUCCUCUCGCUCCACAGAUGAAGACAUCCAGGGCUCCAAAGAUGCCCUCAUCCAGGAUCUGGAAAAGAAGCUGCGUUCAAAGGAGGCCAGGAGGAGAAACCAGAAACUGUCCUAUGAGGAGCGUAUGGCUCGUAGGCUGCUGGGUCCAGACAACGCCUCCUACAUGCUUGACCAAGACAGUCUUUCAGACUCACAACUCGACCAGCCAGAUUCACCUGAAGGAAGACACACAGGUGGACUAUGGGGGAGGCGCCACUCAGGGACAGAUGAGAGGGGAAAUGAGGGCUCAGCUAUCCAGGAGAAAUGUUACGCUCCUCGCUUCCUGCAGAUCCCUCCAGACCUCACUGUAGAGGAGGGACGCUUCUGUAGGAUUGACUUCAAGGUCGGAGGCCUCCCUACACCGGACGUCUGCUGGUACCUGGACGGUAAAGCCAUCCGUCCAGACGACUACCAUAAGAUGCUGGUGUGUGAAAAAGGGAUGCACUCAUUCAUUAUAGAGAUUGUCACAGUGCACCACGCCGGUGUGUACGAGUGUGUGGCCAGGAACCGAGCAGGGGAGAGCAGAUUUACCAUGAGGCUCGAUGUGUUAGCCCAGGAGGUUCUCCGCCCCCCCACCUUUGUCCAGAAGAUGUUGAACUCCAGAGCUCUUGAGGGCGACACUGUUAGGUUAGAGUGUAAAGUGGAUGCUUCCCCUCCUCCACAGCUCUUCUGGAAGAAAGAUAAAGACAUGCUGCGCAUUGACCCACACAGAAUGAGUCUGUAUCAGGACGGUUCAGGCCGGCAGUGCUUGUUGAUAGAGAGGUUGACGAAGUCUGAUGCUGGUUGGUAUACUCUCUCUGCUAUCAAUGAAGCUGGCAUGUCCACAUGCAACGCCAGGCUGGAUGUAGGCACUCGCACAGCUCCACCUAUGAAAACGGCGCCCCCUGGCUCGAAGACGCUCAAGCUGCUGUCCUCUCUGAGCCACGUGCCCGCUCUGACUGUGGAGAGCCCCGCCCAGCACACCGCCCCACUCUACGAGAGUGAAGAGCUGUAGACCCGCACUAAACCCAGUCACAUCCUCAGAUAACUGUCACACACCUCAGAACUGUUGGACCGGGCCGCAGCCCGUGUUCACUGACUUUAAAGGCAGAUAUAGUGCUAACCGGGCUUUGGUUCAGAAUACAAAUGAACAGCAUUGCAGCAGACGAGGACACAUUUCAGAAUCCACGUCAGGUUAAUUAAACAACCAACAUUCUGUUGUAUUAUUGUACAAGGCUGAUAAACUCUCCAGUUUUAUUUCAAAUUUUAUUUAAAGAUUAAGUUACAAUAAAUUACAAGUUACGUGUUUUAAACAACCACCGUAACCAUAAGGAGCACUUGGCAGCUACUUUGAGAGAGAGGUUUCCAUAUCAAGUGCCUUCGACGUUAAAAUAAUCCCGCCCCAUACUGUCCAUCUGCUGCCAUUUGUCACCACCGUGCCUGCUCUUUCUGUCUGUCUGUGGUUUAAGGCCGCAGAGCUGCUGUGAUACACACCUCUGCGUUAUCUUGAAACACAGUUUCCAGCUCUCUCCCAUGGUCUAGGUUAGAAAACAGGAAGCAAACUAAUUAUUAAAUAAUCAACUACAGUACCCACAAUCCAACGCUGCACUUUAAUCCUGACAUCUGUCUGCUUGUCACUCUGUGUGAUCAAGCACCUGCCUCUCCUUUCCCCCAGUGUGUAACUAAGUAAGGACGCGUUUGUGUUUGAGCCUCCAGACUUCUGUAAAGCUCCAUUAACUGGAAUAGAAAAUCUGGUUUUAAGUCCCCCCCUCCCCCCAGCUCAGAUGUCACAGUUGGUAACUGCUCUGAUUCUCUGCUGUGGUAUAAAGUCAGCCUAAUGUGUUUUUAAAGUUGGUAUCUAAUAUACAUUGUCUGUGAAUGAAGUUAUUUAUUUGAAGUUAUUAGUUCUGAGUGUUGGGACUGAAGUUGCCCAUCUCCUGGCCUGCAAAAGGCUGCAACCAGAGGUGUAUAAUAUCAGCGAGUUGGAUGAAGAGCAACAGGCUGCCAUUCUGAUACCCUGCUCUCAAAAAGAGCACUCUCUUUAUACUUUACCCAGGAGAAAAAAAAAACAUUGUCCUUUCUUUCAUUUUGAACAUUCAGUUGAAAAAAUGUAUCAGUGUGUCAGCCUUUGCCCAGAUUUGCCACACUCUCUAUUUCUGACCAGAGCCAUGCAUAAAAAGAUCUGCCACAAAGAGGCUCGAUUUGCCUUCUUACCUUGGAACUGCUUGUAGUUACUGCCAGCCAGGAACACAUUUUACUGGUAUGUUUUGGCUGGAUCUGCAUGCAAACUGAAAAUCCGGUAUUUAACCCUGUGCAGCCGCAGCCCAGUCUUUUAAGAUGCCCAUCCAAAUCUGAGUUUUAGGUCACAAGAUGAGCGUUGAGAUGCAUGUUCUGGUUCAGAUGCAGUGUAGCUGGGCUGCAUUUAAACAUGAACUAAUGGUUCUAGAUGUAGUAUUUCUCCAGUUUGUCAUGUUUGGAUCACACAGGGUUAAACACUGGAUUUGUUUAAAGCACUACAAUUGUUUUGGUAAGUUUGGUCCUUUCUUUUGAGAUUUGAAACUGCAGGUAGUAGUGUGUUUUCUCAAGUACUGUUUGUUGUGUAAGAUGUUCUACAUAUCACCGGAUGAAUGACGAAUAAAGUUUAUGUGACCUUG